AUGGUACGCUUCAACAAUGAAUCCCUCCAGGUUCGGGACCGAGAUGACAAGGUGGUGAUGGCCGCCUUCGUCAAUGGGUUGCGCAAACAGAAGUUGUAUACGGAGUUCGUAGAAAGACCUCCCAAGUCCGUCCGGGAGAUGUUAGACCGAGCUCAUGAGAAGGCGAACGCCGAGGAGGCCAAUCGACUGAAGGGCGCCCAGGAGAGGUUGCGAGACGACAAGUGCAGGAGGGGUACCGACCUGGGAGAGUCGAGACCAGGUCAGGGGCGGAAGAGCGUAUCUGAGCGCUUACCUCGGAGCCGACCAUGGGAAAAGGAAAAAGCCUGGACUUCGCUCACGGCACCAAGAGCUCGGGUUCUGGCCGUAAUGGAACAACAAGGGCUCUCCCGCCCCCCUCAGCCGCUGGCUGGCGACAAAAACCAGCGCGACCAAGGCCUGUACUGUGCUUACCAUCGGGACGUCGGGCACGAUACUGAGGACUGCCGCCAUCUUAAGAAGGAAAUCGAAAAGCUGAUACGAAGAGGUCAUCUUGGCCAGUUUGUCCGUGAGGGGCGAACUGAUCAAAAGCAAGGGGGGUUCAAACGAGAUCGGGCGACCAGCUCGCACGACCGACCUCGGGGUUCUCGUGAUCGAACUCCAGAGCAGGGAGUUCAGAACCUAGCAGGAGUGAUCAACACUAUUGCAGGGGGACCUGCUGGGGGAGAUAGCCAUACGGCUCGGCGAAAUAAUCGACCUCCCCCCAGUGGGGAGAGCUCGAACAAGCACUUAAAGUUGUACGAGGAGAUCAUCUAUGGGCCAGAGGAUGCGGUACCCUUAGCCUUCAAUAACCAUGAGGCAAUUGUGAUAGAAGUCAUCACGUGUAACUACAAAGUAAAGAAGGUAUACAUCGACAAUGGGAGCGCCAUCGAUGUGUUGUACUACAAGACCUUCAGAGAACUGCAGCUGGAAGAUAAGCAGCUCAUCCCAGUUCGUACUCCUUUGAUAGGUUUUGCAGGUCCGCCAAUAAGGCCAGAGGGAAUGUUAACCCUCAUGGUCACUGUAGGGGAGUCAUCGAGGUGCCGAACUGUUCCGGUGAAUUUCGCGGUGGUAAAGGAGCCAUCCUCCUACAACAUGAUACUAGGACGGCCAACCCUAAACGCACUCCGAGCUGUCUGUUCGACCUUACACGUUAGCAUGAAGUUUCCAACGCCCGAUGGAGUGGGCGAGGUGCUGGGAGACCCGGAGGUAGUUCGGGCCUGCUAUAUCGCAACCCUCAAGGGUAAGGAGAAGCUGGUAGCCCAGGCAGCCUAUCUGGAACCUUGGGGACCUGCUGAAAAAGAGGAGAGGUUGGAGACGGACGAGAGUCUGGUUGAAUUGUCUAUCUGCCCCGAACGACCUGAUCGUGUGGUUAGGGCUGGAUCCGGCCUAAACGAGCUAACGCGGAGAGCCCUGGAGUCUCUCCUGGAGGAAUACGCCGAGAUUUUUGUUUGA